AUGGAGCAAACGGAGCGCGAUUUGGUGGAGCAAUCCACUCGAUUGAAUACACAUAAAGAGUAUAUGGCGUGGGAGCAACGUUGUAUCGAGUUCAUCGAAUCGCUAGAUGGACGUAGCCGCAGUAAAUAUCCGCGAUUGUCAAUCGGCGGAAGACAAUCUGUGAUCGCUUGUAUCACGCGACUAGAAGGUUUGAAACAAAUGAUGCGUGGACGGUUUGUGCAAAUGGGCGCUGGAUAUAGUGCUGGACUCCGAUGGCGUGAGAUAGAUACAGUUUUUGAAAGUCGUAUACUGACUGGUGCUGUAAUUAAUUUCGAACACAUUGAACCGUAUCAAUUUCUAGAGGAUGCGCGAGAAAUUGUGCUUGAGCACGUGCAAAGUGUCAUGCAGAGACAUGGCAACGUAAAAAUAAACGCCAUUUUUAAUGGUGAAUUUGUCGCAGGUGACAAACGCGCUAAUAAGUGUAUCACAACAAGAAAUUAUGAACUCUUUCAAUGCUCCGAUUUGCAUGAAUGGUACCAGUUACACGUCAUCGAGAUAAUCCUAGCAUCGUUGGAGGAAUUCCAAGAACGCGAUAGCGAAUGGGCGUUAUCGCGAUGCAACAUCCAGUUACCAAGUAAAAUUAUGAUGAAGAAAGCGGUAGUUAAUGUAAAAUCAAAUGACAAUGCAUGUUUUGCAUGGUCAGUGGUGGCCAGUCUGCAUCCUGCUGAAAGGAAUAUAGAUCGAGAAUUUUCAUAUCCAUAUUAUUCUACGGUAUUAAAUCUGAAAGGCAUUGAGUUUCCAAUGACACUGCCACAAAUUAAAAAGUUUGAAAUUCUCAACAAAAUCUCCAUUAAUCUAUACUGCAUCGAGGAGAAGAAAUUAUCUAUUUUUCCUAUACGACUCACCGAACGAAAAAUGGACAAACAUAUAAAUCUGCUAUACGUGCAGGAUGACAAUGUGGGACAUUUUGCGUUGAUAAAGAAUAUGUCCCGUCUCAUGAGUUCACAACUCAGUAAGAAAAAGAAUAAGAAAUUCUUUUGUGAUCGAUGUCUACAUUAUUUUAGUUCGAACGACAAGUUGGAAAUUCACACAAUGGACUGUGGAAAGAUAAACGAUUGCGCUAUCAUAUUACCAAGCAAAGAUGACAAAUGGCUGAGCUUUAAAAAUUACUGUCGAAAGGAACGAAUGCCGAUUAUCGUAUACGCCGAUUUGGAAUGCAUCCUGGAGAAGACUGAGGAUGAGAAAAAUUACCAGCAUCAUCGAGUAUUUAGCAUAGCAUAUUAUGUACACUGUGCGUAUGACAAUUCGCUAUCAAUGUAUCGGUUUCAUCGCGAUAAGAAUUGUAUCGCGUGGUUCGUCGAGCAACUUAAAGAUUUAGCACAAAUUGUAAAUAAUAUUCUGUCGGUUAAUGUUCCCAUGGAUUUAACACAAGACGAUUGGAAAAAAUUUAACAACGCUACACACUGCCACAUUUGUGAAAAACCAUUUACGAAUGAAAUAGAACGGGUAUGCGAUCAUUGUCAUUUAACCGGUCGAUUCAGAGAAAAUUUCGAUCUGUUAACACGAAAAGGUGUCUUCCCAUACGAGUAUGUUGACUGUGUAGAAAAAUUGGAAGAGUCAUGUUUACCACCGCGCGAAUUAUUUUACAGUUCAUUGACGGGUGACACAGUAUCCGAGAGCGAUUACGCGCAUGCUGCCAACGAGUGGCAGCGGUUCUCCAUCCGAACUUGA